CAGAUUCCUUCUUCUUCACUGUAAAAAAUUAUUCUUGUGCUAUUUCUCAUACUACAGUCUAAUGCUGACUACAAAGUGAUUUUGAAUUAUUGCUAAAGCUUGAAUGUUGACAUUCAGGCACCUCGCUCAAGAGCCAAGUUAACUUAAAAGAAUGUAGCCUCUCAUUCUCUAUGGAGGUUCCGACUACGGGUCUGUUAGUCUACUUAGCGUCUCCUUGGACUAGCAGGAUGCGGAAGCUCGGGCUGUGCGUGUGGAGCCGAUGUGGAGCUCUCGUUUCAUUUUGUGCGUUCGGAUGUUAGGAAAGCCCCUCCAUUGUUACCGUACAACAAUAAUGUGGUGUCUACUUUGGCCUACCAGUACAAGAGGCUUCGCAGCCUUCUCUUCAUGCUUCCCGGAUGUGUGUGAGAGCAAACCACCACCUUAUCUUCCCCUCAGUCUGUCUCAGCCAUGCCUGCCCGUGGCUAACCUGGGGCCGACACGGAUACUGCCUCACCUCUAUCUGGGCUCACAGAAAGAUGUCCUUAAUAAGGAAAUGUGCUGCUAUGUAGAACUGAUGUCAAGAUCUGGUUGUUUAAACAGGAACUGAUGACACAGAAUGGGAUCACGUACGUCCUGAAUGCCAGCAACACCUGUCCAAAGCCAGACUUUAUCAGCGAGAACCACUUCCUGCGCAUUCCCAUCAACGAUAGCUACUGUGAAAAGCUGCUCCCUUGGCUGGAAAAAACCAACAAAUUCAUCGACAAAGCUAAAGUGUCAAAUUGUAGAGUCAUCGUCCACUGUCUAGCUGGAAUUUCGCGAUCUGCAACCAUUGCCAUUGCUUACAUCAUGAAAACCAUGGGAUUGUCAUCGGAUGAUGCCUACAGGUUUGUGAAAGAUCGCCGGCCAUCUAUAUCUCCUAAUUUCAACUUCCUCGGGCAACUCCUGGAGUUUGAGAGAGACUUAAAGCUGAAGAUGCCCUUAAACUGCAACCCUCUGAGGUCAACGACUCAAAAUCCUGAGGUGACCGAGGUCAACAUAGAAACUGUCAUACAGAGCAAAGAGAAAAAACAUUCUCAUGAAAGAAUGCAAGAAACUACAGUAUUAAAUGUUAAGCCACCAUCACCUACCUCACUUCGAAAAGAUCUCAGCAGCCUUCAUCUCUCCGCAGACCAAAUUCUCCACAACAACCGGCUCAAAUGUUCCUUUCAGCUCGACAUCAAAUCUGUCUAUUCAUCAAACCAGCAUCUCCGAACCUCUUCAAAUGCCUUGAAAACAGACUCAGAAACCAUGCCCAAGCUUUUCAAGCUUGACAGUCCAAAAAGCACCAGCAAUAUGUGUUUGCAUUCUCCAUGCCUAGAAACCCCAAGGAGCCCCAAGCCGGAGUUGCGGCGAUCAUCAGUAAGAGAAUCUACACCAAAAGACAAUGGCACAUUCGAGAGGUUAUCGACCACAACUUUGUCUCUAAACCUCAACUUGAAUCGGCAAGAUCCAGUUGUUCAGGAUCCUGUUCAUAAUGCCAACGUCAAGUCGUCUUCAUUCCUCAGCUUGCCCCUGACCUCAUCUUCCGUUUGGACCAAGCACAGAGGAAUGACUCAAGCCACGACGCCUGGCACACCCACUGAAGAUCACCCGUGGUUCUUCAACUCAGAUCUGGACUCUUCAGGGAUGGGUUCUGGGAGCUCUGUGAGAUUUGUAAGUCCUCCCAGCAAGGCUGUGAUGCAAGUGGAGACACAGUUCAAACGCAGAAGCUGCCAGAUGGAGUUCGAAGAGAGCGUCAGCACUACAAGAAGCAGUGAGGACUUUGGAAAGCUCGGGAAGCAGUCUAGCUUCUCAGGCAGUAUGGAGAUCAUUAAGGUGUUAUGACAGAGAGCCUAAACUUGCAUAUGUCAACCUUUCUGACAUUGAGAAAGAGGACAGAUAAUUUAUUACAGAGAUUUGUUUGCAAAAAUCUGUACAGAGACAACAAAAGAGGAGAAUCUCAAUAAGGUCUCGCUGCAUGCAUCCAUUAGUGUGCAUGUGCACAUUAGCCCAUGCAUUAUGUUCUCCAAAAGACAGUAGAAUUGAGCUCCUGAGCUCACCCUAUUGUUAUGAUAGAAAUGAUGGAUGCUAUAAACCAUAAGCCAAAGAGUUAAUAUACCUGAGGUGCCCUUCAGUCGAAGGAUUAUUUGUGUUACAGCAUGGCUAUUAGCAAUACAAAUGACUGGACUAUUUUCAUAGCGCUGGUUCAUUUAUGACCCAGAACGAGGUUGAGGUAAACGAUUUGCUGUAUUAUAUUUAGGCAUAGUUGGAAAAAGACCUUUAAUAUUGUCGGCCGAGUUACCAACCAACUGCCUCUGUGAUUUAAUAUUAGUUUGUGAAAGUAGUCUGCAUGUGUGUAGCAGAGAUGAAGCCUCGGCUGUACUACUGUGCACUGGGCAUGCUCAGAAAAGACUGGCUACCUGCAGACAGACAAGCUGCAUCCUAGCAGUACAAAGCUUUAUGUAUCCAGAAGUUCUUGCAUAUGUAUGUAUAUAUAAAUAUUUGCAUCAAUUUCAAUGGAGUAUUUAAUGUUUCGUGCAUUGUUGUUUUAACUUAUUGUAUCGGUUUCAUUCUGGUAAUGAGCAAUAAUAUAAUAUUUGAAGACUU